CAACUCCACUCGAGUGUGCGGACGGCCAACCUGGAGACGAGCCUGCGGCUGCUGGCGCAAGGGGCACAGCCUGGGAUGCUGCAUCCCGAGAAAGGCAGCGCUGCGCUGCACAUGGCUGCGCGUGCCGGCCAGAGCUCGCAGGUGGAGCUGCUGCUGGUGUACGGGGCUGACCCGACGGCACUGGACGCCCUGGGCCACUCGCCAGCGGACUACGCUCGGGAAGCUGGCCACAUGGACUUGGCUCAGCGGCUGGAAGAGUGCCAGUUCGAGGUGACUGACCGGCUGGCGUUCUACCUCAGUGGCAGGAAGCCAGAUCACCAGCUGGGACAGCAUUUCAUCCUCCCGGAGAUGUCCGACUGCCUGGAGUUGUCAGAACUUGCCAAGGUGGCCAAGCACAAGCUUCAGAUGCUGCCAGAUGCGCUCUUUGCGGAGCUGGCGCGGGAUGUGCACGACGAAGUGGACCGUCGGGAGAACGACGCCAUCUGGCUGUCGACGCAGAGCCAGAGUGCCCUGGUGGCAGACCGGCAGUCGGUGCCUUUCCUGCCCGUCAACCCCGAGCUCUCGUCCACACGCAACCAGGGACGGCAGAAGCUGGCUCGGCUGAACGCCCGUGAGUUUGCCAGCCUCAUCAUCGACAUCCUGUCGGAAGCCAAGCGGAGACACUUAGGGUCCCAGCACUGCGGACCUUCAAGUCUGAGCGACGACGAGCCCUUGUACGACAGUGUGGCCUCGGACGAAGAGAACAGCCAGUCCUUCCAGGGUGAGUGCUGCCCGUGCUCAGCGCAGACGGCCCAGCUGUGGGAGCAGCUAUCGCAGCUGGAGCGGAGCCAGGCCGCCCUCAGGCAUGAGCUGGAAGCCCUCAGGGCAAGUCACCGGUCCCCCGCAAGGGCGGCGGCCCCCAGGGCACCCCCGCCCCCGGCACCCUCGCCCCCACCAGCGACUCUACGCCGUCCUUCGCAACGCCCCCAGUCAAUGUGCGAGUGGCGCCAGCUGGGGGCCUUCCCAAACAACAUGCCCAGGGACGACAGUGGACUGGGCCAGAUGCAGUCUGGGCAGUGGUCUCACGCAAGCGGAGACUACGACAACUCCCUGGAGCCCCUGCGGGCAAGCUCCGGCAGCCCCGCUGUGGGGGAGCUACCCAGCUACCCGGAGGUGAUUGCCCGCACGGAGCGCAUCACCAAGCGCAUCCAGGAGCUGCUGCUGUCCGCCAGGGAGGGCAGACGAGAGUGCUUCCUGCCCUGCACCGAGAACAUCUUGCAGGCCAGCCUGGAUAUGGGGGCCCUGUUUGUGCGGGGGGGCCAGGGCCCCCUGGGGGCAGCCCUGCGGCAGCUGCUGGAGAGUGCCCGGCGCCUGCAGCGCGAGGGACGGGCCAACCCGGAGACGCAGCAGCUAAUUCAGUGUGCCUACGACGUGGCCAAGGCCGCCAAGCACCUCGUCAUGGCCUACCCGGCGCCCCCCCAGCAGGCCACACAGGCCGGAGAGGGAAGUCAUCUGUGGCAGCACUAACAGAAGGUCCACCCGGCGUGGGAGAAGCGACGGAAACGGACGACGAUUGCACGGUGCACACCGUUGGCCCUCUCCCGUCGUUGCACUGCAGAUUCUGCUACGCAGGACCCGGCGUUGGGCUCCCUCCCAAAUUUUUGGCAGGGGACGGUCCCACCCACUGCACCUGCGGCACCGCAAGAAAGAGCCUUUGCGGCGGCCGCCACUCGCGUUGUCUGCCGAGGCAGUCGCCGUCUCGGAUCCGUGCACCGUGACGAAGUCUGGUGCAAAACUUGAAAUGACUGAAUCUAACAAAUGGUAUCCAAAAGUGGCUACAUGAACCUCGACUGACUUUUCAGCGUGCCAAGCAGUUUCGUCUUUCCUGCCGAGCGUGAAGUGGUAAUGGCAUGGCGUCGCCGUGUCUUCCUACAAGGAGUGCCGCUGCACUCGAAACGGGGUGCCGGAUGCUCGUCGAGCCACCAUGUCACUAACAGAGUGUGAUUAGCUGAAUGUUUUUUGAAUGCUUGGAUUCCAGCAUGUGCUUCAUGCUUUCCGCCAUGCUUUUGAUGGGUACACGUGCUAAGAUGCACGAGCACACUGAGGUGCAUGAGCACGUUCGAGCUGCACGUGCACACUCAAGCUGCACGUGUAUACUCGAGCUGCACGUGCACACUCGAGCUGCACGAUCACACUCCAGGUGCACAAAACACCGAAGCACUGUCAAAGCUAGGAACCUUGAGCUGGAGUUAUGACAUGACAACUAAAGAUCCUCCCUGCAGUCGUCACCUUGUCGGUGACUGCAGUGCGACACUUGUCAAAGGGGUGUGCAGUUUAUAUGUACGAAGCUGCACUCCGGGAGCCGUAAACAUUGCAUCGAGUAGACCCCUUUCCGAGCCAAGUGGCACCUAGUACUGGCAGCCACAGAAACCCAAGCACUCGCGCAUUGACGGCGGCGGCAGUAGGAGAGCUGAGCCUUCUGAGAAGGGGGCAGCGCAAACUGGUGUGUUAUUUGAAAUCCACUGUAGUAGAGCUUCGCUUUAGGGGCUGCCAAGCAGCCGUUCUCUGCUUCCGUUGUGACAUGGCUUUGACCUUCGACAGGGUAGCUGAUUUAAGCUCCGUUAAAUGUUUUUUUGUUUUUAUCUCUUGUCUCAAGCGAAAAACACUCGGCCCUAGUUUUGCACAGUGGCCCACUACCGAACCUGGACUCUAUCACAGGACGUGCGGCAUCCAAUUACUUUGUUUGCGACCGAAGAAAUGCAGCCCACCUAGCGUGCAAGAUAUUUUUCUACUGUUCCCAUAGAUGUUUACUCUGGCACCCCUUCUGCGACACAUAAUAGUGACACAGCACGCCACUGCGUAUAUUUUCCGAGAGACAAGUUUAUUUUUGAAAUCAAGUGGCCAACGAGAAAAUUUCUUGUAUUCAUAAUGCCAGAGGUAAAAUUUACUGCAUGGAUGUUUAUGCAACAGAAGGUUAGUCUGCCCCAAGAUUUAAGUAGACUUACGUUUCCACUGCAGAGGCUGACUCAACUACUGCUGCAUGACUCCCAGCCUCCCUGAGAUGCGCUAGAGCUACUAGGAAGCAAAGCUCUCAGCGAGCGUUGCUUUAUAGCGAUGCUCACUAAGAGCGCUUUAAGCCUAGCUUAUUCAGUGACUAGUGUUCACCACGUAGACCAGUGCAUGCUCCCUGUACCAGCGUAUCAGUAGCUGUUUGACAGAUAUUGAUACUUGCAUCUGGGUCUUGGGAGCAUUUUGCGUCAGUUUCUGUUGUCAGAGAUUCCCUAGUGCGUGUGGUUUGCAACAUGAUUUCGCGACACGUAAAUAAGGGCGGAGCAGUAAACUCCUAAGCACUGGGAAGCAUAAAUGGAUCUCCUGCUCAGGUCUAAAUGUUUUUAUCUCAUAAACUGUCUUUUUUUUUUUUUUAAACCUAGAAGCACUUUUAGAAGGACAGACAAAGUGGAUGAAACAUUUCGUCCUUCUGCUUUAGGCUUGUCCUUUGGUGUUAUCUUAGUUUUCAUUCAUUCAUAAACCAACUCAUCCAAAUUUCUACUUCAUUUUAUGAGUGUUGCAUUGUGCAGUGCAAUUCAUGACGACAAUCUGAAUGUUUAUCUGGGUUCCUCCCUUUUUAUUUAUCAUUUGCAAAGGGAUGGAAAUCUUGAUGUGGUACCUUAGCAAAAGCAUGAAAAAAAAAAAAAAAAAAGUACACUACUGCUAGAUGCUUAUGCCACUCAUUUGUGAUUGCAAGCCUCCUUUUAUCUUGUCUUCUCCAAAUACAGGACUCCUCACUGGCAAGCAGGCCUCUAGCUUUUGCUGUGCUCUGAUAUUUUGCUGCAAAGAAACAACUUCUUUCCGCCACUUUUGGCCCUUUACGCAGCUUUAAUUCAGUAGCCUUCAAUGCCGUCUGACGUUUCCUAGGGCCAACUCACAUUUUCCCAAGAUACUGAAAGCUUAAAAAAGCUUUAAGCGGCUGAAAGGCCCACUUGUGUACGAGAACAGCCGUCGCUUCCAAGUGCCAAUUCCGUCUAGCCCUUGGUGUUCAGACACUGUGCUGCAGCUACAUGUUUGAUGCUGAGUAAUGCAAGCAAAAGUGCAGGGUUAUAGGCAGUAGACCGACAGACCGUGCAUGAAAAGCAUUAUCCAUGGCUACCGACGACGGGCAUCAAAGCCAGGCAGCUUUCUCGAUCUUCUGUCGCACUCCUUGUGAGGUGGCUGACCGAUACAGUUCGGUAUGGAUGACCGCUUGAACUUAGUUUAGAAAGUUGAUUAGGACUUUGUUUUCUUUAGUGCCUCGGUGAAUAGUGGCACGCUGCAACCACGGUUUGUCUUGUAUGGCCGACCCAGAGGAAAUAAAUUGUUCGAGGAUGUUGCAAGA